UGCUGCAGGGUCGAGCCUCCUAACUCACAGCCCAGCCCCCGGGAAACCAGCAGCAAGGAGCAGCCGAGAAUGACCACAGCCGAAUGGAAAGACUACCUGGCCAAAAAACAGAUACCCCAGCUGUUUGAGAGCCUGCUCUCAGGGCUAAUGUACUACAGACCCGACGACCCUGUUGACUACUUGGACAGUUGCCUGAGGAAAGUGAAAGAGCUGGGAGGAUCCAACAGAGUGCAAUGGGACACCUUUCUGGCCCAGGAGAAGAGAACUUUGCCUCCUCUGAACGGUUGCCAGAGCAGGAGAUCACUCUUUAGGAACGUUCUGCCCGACACUCCCAGCUUUCCUUAUCGACGCUAUGACCGACUGCCUCCCAUCCAUCAGUUCUCCAUCGAGAGUGACACCGACCUGUGUGAAACUGCUGAGCUCAUCGAGGAGUACACAGUGUUUGACCCAAGCAAACCCCGCCCUUGGAUCAUACUGCUCAUAGGUGGUCCGGGCAGUGGGAAGGGUACUCAGAGCCUGAAGAUUGCCAAGCAUUAUGGAUUUGCAUACAUUUCAGUGGGAGACCUUCUCAGAAAGAAAAUGAUCCACAACACAACUUGUAACCGGAAGUGGAGUUUAAUUGCCAAAAUAAUCACCAAUGGGGAAUUGGCACCACAGGAAACAACCAUCACCGAGAUCAAACGCCGUUUGAUGCAGCUCCCAGACGCCCAAGGGUUUGUCAUUGAUGGAUUCCCCAGGGAUGUUGCUCAAGUGUUGUCCUUCGAGGACCAGAUCUGCACCCCAGAUUUAGUUGUGUUCCUGGCCUGUGCGAGUCACCAGUUGAAAGAGCGGCUGGAAAAGCGGGCAGCGCAACAGGGUCGCCCUGACGACAAUCCCAAAGCCAUCCAGAGACGACUGACCACCUUCAAACAAAACACCAUCCCAUUGGUCAAGUAUUUUCAGGAAAGGGGGCUGAUUGUCACGCUGGAUGCAGACCGAGAUGAGGAGGAGGUGUUUUAUGACAUAUCUGUGGCAGUCGACAACAAAUUGUUUCCUACCAAAGAGCCUGUGGCUGGCCCCAGUGAACUUGACCUCAGUUUGCUUGUGGAUGCCACGGAUAUUGUUGAUAUUGAGCCAGACUCCGAUGAUCAGAUGGAUAACUGGUCCACAACAUCUGAAGAUACCAAAAUAGAAGUAAACCCGAAGCAAGCCAAGAUUGUCUUUGUUAUUGGUGGUCCAGGCUCAGGCAAGGGAACUCAGUGCAAGAGGAUAGCAGCACAGUAUGGUUUCACCUACAUAUCUUCAGAAGACAUUCUACGUAACGUGGUAGCAGCGGGGUCAGAAAGGAGAAGAGAGACACGGGAAACCAUGGAGCCUGAGGAACUGGUGUCAAUGGAGAUGCUGAAAGACACGAUAAAUAACAGCAUGGAUACAAAAGGGAUUCUCAUAGAUGGCUAUCCUCAGGAAGUGAGGCAGGCAGAAGAAUUUGAGAAGGAGAUUGGUCAGCCCAGCCUGGUGCUUUUCCUGAGCUGUUCCACAGACACACUGGAACAAUGUCUCCAGAAAUCAGCUCAAGCGAGUGAUGGUGAUGAUAAUGUUUCCAGGCAGAUCGAAGCCUAUCUCUCAGCAGCUCAGCCAAUCAUUGAGAAGUACCAGAGGGAAAACCUCAUCCAUAAGAUAAAUGCAGAAGAAACUCCUGACAAAGUAUUCCAACAGAUCGGUGAAGCUAUUCGUUCUAUCCAAGAGAACACCACAAGUCACGUGACCUUGGAUGGAUUCCUGUAGGAGGACCUGAGUAGCACAGGGUAUUGAGUCUUAGGGUAGAAUGUUCCCCUCCUGGAAGGUGGCUAGAAAUAUAUAGGGCAAGUUGACCCUAGAGACAUUUGCCCCCUUCCUAGCUCACCAAUUAGGUCCUGGAUGUGAACAUCCGUUGAAGACACUACUUAAGACCCUUAAGUGAUCAAUUAUUGGCCCAUUAGGGGCUUCAACUCUCAGAUCCCCAAGCUAAGUGGCUUGUUUCUUGACUAGGUAACCAUGGCGAUCUGAGUCGAAGAAUGUGAUGCUGGAAAAGCACA